AUGAUUACAUGCGACUGUCAACGCAAAAAGGAAGAGGUCAGGUGCAACGCGCGGGCGAAUGUCCCCGAGCCUCCCGGUCGACAGACUUCGCUCAAGUGUGACGAUGAAUGCGCUAGGUUGGAGAGAAAUCGCAGACUGGCGCUAGCCCUUCACAUUCCGGACGAUCACACCGAUGAGCAUGUCCCGUACUCGACCAAUACUCUCAACAUGUAUUUGGAAGACGUGGCCUGGGCUCACAAGCAAGAAGAGAUCUUACGGCUCUUUGCGGCGGACGACAACGAGAAGAGAUACCGCUUCCCGCCAAUGAGAAAAAGACAGCGAGGCUUCAUCCACAGUCUGGCCGAAGACUUUGGCUUUGACGGAGAAAGUCUGGAUCCUGAGCCACAUCGGCAUGUUGUAUUGUUCAAGACGCCCAAGUUCGUCGCGGCUCCCAUGAAAACCCUCGCUCAAGCUGCAAGAAUCAAGCGGCCACAGCUGAAUGUGUCUGCCCCGGUCCACGCGACGACGGACCGAAAAGCAGACGAAGUCAAGCACGACUACAACGGGUUGUUGUUGACCAAGCCCAGAUUUGCACUGACCGAAGACGAAUUACAGCCCCUUAUCAAGAAGUCCGCCCCAGCCACUGAGUUCGACAUCAUCUUUUUAUCCAACGACGAGGGCGUGGCUCUUUUACCCAUCUUGUCCUCCGAUACUCCUGAGCAGUUGGUCACUGUCCUUGCCAGUCUGCAGCCUACGAUCGCGGGGGAAGUGGCCAAACAUAAUCUCGGCGCAUCGGUCGUACUCUGUCAAUUUGACACUUCAGACCUUGAGCCGAAGGUCCUUCAGCAACAAGGUAGACCGAGUCCGUCGCUUACCAAUGGGUGGUCUCAAGUUGCAGCGAAGAAAGCAGCACCUGCUGUAGCACCUCAGGUCAAGCCGGUCGGUCAACGACCAGUAUAUACCGUACUGGGGAGUCGGUUGGCGGAGGCCAAAAAGAAGAAGCAGGAGAACGAGGAGAAGCUGCGGAAAAAAGCUCAGCAGCAAGAAGUGGUGGAGGACUGGGAAAAGGAGAUGGAGCAAGAAGAAAAGGAGGCCGCCGAAAGGACUAGCCUGGACAGUGAGCGCACCGACGAGGUAGUUGCGAAUUUGGAUGCGUGA